CUCCAUGGACUCCUCGCUGUAGCUUCCUUACUCAACCUCUCCACGCUGCUGGAACACAACCAACCCUCCCUCGCCAUCGUAAGAAAUGUGUUAUUUCAGAAGAUAUACCGGUCAACUUUUCAAAAGCAAGAUUUUUGACAUGCCUGCAUUCAUCCGAAAGUGACUUCUACAGAUUAAACUAUCAUGAGUGACAUAUUCAAUGUCACUUUGAUUUCCCAAGGUGGAGGAGAAAGACAUGAAGACUAGGGAAUGUUAAUGGGAUGACUUUUAUAUAAGAAGGCCUGCAAAUAAAAACCUGGGAACUAUACAUCAGUAGGCUGAACAUCUGUGAUAGAAUCACCGGCGCAGAGAUGAAAUAAUUGAUGGGCCAGUUUUGUCUGAAGUAAAUUCAGAAGAUAUGAUUCUUUUGAGAUUUGUAAAAUCUACCGUUUGAAGAAAAAGCAUCUGACAAACAUCUGCAGCAUUCGUGUUCCUCAAAACUGAAUUCUGUCAAAUUUUGUCCAUUCAUGAAGCAACAACUCAUUGAUUCAAAAUUUACCAGGAAUUGUAGAAAUUAAGUAUGCCUACAGGAAAUCGUUCGCGUAAAAACAAACGACUUGUAGCACAAAAGGCUGCACAAGUUUCAUUGGCACCUUUGACUGUGAAUAAAAAUGCGAAAAAACAGCUUUGGGCAGAGUUCAAAUGCAAACUUGAAAAUUCAAAAGUAGUUCUGACCAGAUUAGAUGUGAAAAAGAUAUCUUCAGAUUUACUUGUACAUCAAAGCAAAACAUCACGACAUAGUUGCCAAACUGCAAGAAAAUCCUUCAGGAAAAAAAGUGCAGCUCGAGUGGACAGUGAAGUAUCUUUAAAAGAAGCUUUUGUGCAGAAUUCAUUAGACAAGCCAUCUAAAACUUCUGAGGGGACAGAAAAUGCCAUAUUAGUAAAGGUUUUGCGUUUCAAAUGUGGGAAAUGUAAAAAUAGUGCUAAAUACAACCCAAAGCAAUUAUUGAAACAUUACCAGGAAUUUCACGCCGCAGAUUUGCAUGAAUUGUGCGAUUUUACUGCUAAUGAUUUUCAGAUGCUGAGCCCACACCGACUGAAACAUCUUACCCCUCUUUUCAAAUGUGAAGUUUGCGCUGAUGGGAAAAUGUAUACUCGGCAAGAGUUGCGAAAGCAUUUAAAUUGGAGACAUGGUGCAAAUGGUAAUUUCCGUUGUGAAAAGUGCAGGUUUUCUACAAAAGAUCAGGGCACGUUUAUGCAGCAUAUUCAUAGACAUGAUGUGAUUCAAUAUAAAUGUGGUAAAUGUGAGCAUGUAAGUUACACAAAAGGUGAGUUUCAAAGGCACCUUGUUGUACAUACAGGAUCUUUUCCUUUCUGUUGUCAAUAUUGUAACUAUGGGGCAACACGCAAGGACUAUAUUGUUAAGCACGUUAAUGCUGUCCACAAGGGCCUGGCUGAGGUGGGCAACUCCAAAUCACAGGUGGAUCUGGAUAAAAAAGGAAAAGUGACAAAUCCAUUGGGUCUGAAACUUGUUCUAAAAAGAUACAAAAAUGGGGUAACUCGGAAAGCGCAGUGGAGGAGAAAAAAGCAAAUCCAGCAUUUGGUAACUGCAAAGGAUAAUGCUAAGAAGUCUGAUGCCACAAAGAAGCGCAAUCAUCCAAUGCCACAAUCUGCUCCAUAUUUAGAUGCAUGUUUGGGUGAGGAAAUAAUUGGUCCAAAGAUAGAUGUGGUUAAGAAAAAUGAAAUUUGUGGACCAAAGCUAGUAACUCUAAAUAGGUCUCAACAAAAGAAAACACAAGCAAGUGGCCGUAAACAAAUAUCUGUAAAAAUAUUGCCACCUGAGCCUUCUGAAGUAACAUUAAAGAACAAUAAAUUAUCUGUGCCACAUAAUUAUAGUGCUCAAUUUAUGGAUUUCAAAGUAGUAAAUGGGAAACAGCAUUUAGUAAUUAAGCUCAUUCCUCCAAACAAACACAAGCUUAUCUCUCCAAAUUCUCAAACCCAAGGCAACAAUACCAACUUGCUACACAUGCCGCAGAAUGCACAAAACUCAAAUGAUGGCAUUUCGGCUACAAAUCCUUCGAGUACAGGUGCUCGCUUUGUUAGAUUAUCAAAUAUUUUUGCAGGUCAACCUUGCACUUUCUUGGUAAGAGACCAUUCUGUGGAAUCAAAAACACAGACAGUGCCUCAUGGAAUAUCUACUGUUACCAAUGUUAAAUUUACUCGGGUUAAGGCAAUAGAGCCAUUGAUUGCAGGCAUGGAUUCGGAACAAGCAGGCAAUCUGUUAUUGCCAACAUCUUCAGUGCGUGCAGUUGAGGCUGCAAUAAAUCAGGCCAUGUCAGGGAAUCAAAUUAUGCAAAAAAUUCCAACUUCAGAACAAUCUUCAGUUUCUAAUAAUUAUCCAUCUCAGAUUUUUGUAUCUUCAGCCAAUAGCCAGACUGAUUCAAAAUUAUUGCAGUGCCUAAAUAAUGAGCAGAUAUCCAAGGGAAAAGAGUCAGAUUGUGACCCCUUAUUACAAUUCAAAAGAGGUAUCCAUUUGCCUUUCAUUCACAAUUAUGCUUCGAAACAAUCAGGUGUUUCAAUUGUACAAGGAGAUGAUUCAAAAUCAGCAAUGAUUUUGCUGCCAUCAAAUGCUGUUCACGAUUCAAAGUCUGGGCAACCACACAAGAUAGUAACUAGAAUAAGUUCACAAACUGAUGUUUCAUCUUCUAGUGAGUUGUGUACAAGUGCACCUUCACAGUUGCAUGGAUUCCAAAAAUCAGAUAUUUGGGAUUUGAAUAAAUUGAAAUCACCUAUACUUCUCCAAAUGCUGAAACCUUCGGAAGUGAUUAAUGGAAAAUGUGAGAGCAGAUUUAUGACAUCAAAAGAUAUUCCCGUGGUGAUGUCAAAUAUAGAAGAUACAAGUUAUUCAAAUUCUAGGUUCCCUUUUACCUCGACUGAACUGAGACCUGAAACUCUGAGCUUAAGACGUGAAGCAGCAGCCUGUGAUAAUUGUGUAGAUGCAAACCCUGAUCCUGACAGUACAGCAUUAAAAGAUCAAAUUACAUUCACAGAACAGGAAAAGGUUUGUUCUGAGGCAGACAAAUUAAAUGGAGGUAAUUAUGAACCAUGUUUGGUUAAUUUGAAUACAAUCCCUGCUGCAGAAAUGAUAGGCAAAUGUCAGUCUGAAUUGGAACCUGAUACUUUAAAGAGGGAUGGGCAAAAAAAAUUUGGAAAUGAUUGUGAAGUGCAAAAUAUGAGAAGUUGUACAACAGUGCGGACAAAAUGUAAACGAGGAAAAAGUAACAAUAAUUGGUCCUCUUCAACAGAUUGGCCAACUUGCUCAGAUGGAAAUGGUAAAUUGGAAAAUACUGAAGACUCCCAAUCACGUUCUGUCAACAGUACAAGUUCACAAACUGUUUUGGAUUACAGUGGAUCAAACUCGGAAAAAUCAAAUACUGUGGACGUAGAGAUGAUGAACUUUCACACCAAAGAUAACAUGAAUUGUGGUUCUACAGAAGAGAUUUUGGAAGAACAAGCUAGUCAUUCUGAUGGCAGUAAAUCAGUGAUAAUGCCUCGAAUCACAUCUGUGUUCUCAUUACAGGCGGGGGAUGGAAUUAGUUGUUUGGCUCCUGAAGAAAAUCAAGUGCUACUUGAUGCAUUGAAGGCCACUUCCACUUCCAUCUUUAGUGAUGAAACUCCUCGCAGUGAAUCCGAGUAUUUAAAUAGUAGUUGUCGAGAGGAACAGAACUGUACACAUACUGUGAAAAACAAACUUGAUUUGCAUAAUUAUUCCCUUAAAAACAAUGCUUUGCAGUUGGACUCUGUGAAUGAUGAAAAUAAUAGCACUGUUGUAAACAAUAUACAUAAUGAUGGGGGAGAUACGCAGUUGCCUGCACCUCCGCAUGUAUCCACCAGUUGCAAACCACCAAAUGCUGAAAAGCUGAACAUACUGCUAAAGACUCAUUCUGAUGAAAUUAUUCACCAGCAGUUAAUAAAGGAUGCAAUUCGCACUUCUGCAAAUGGCAAUAGUAACUCUGCUCUGCCACCUGUAACUCUUCUGGGCCCAUUUCGCUUGGCUGGAAUCAGUAAGCCUGUUCUAGUCCAACCAUCACAGAAAGGUUCUUCAGUUCCCCUACACCUGGCAAAACAGUCCAGACUACAAAUGGUUUCUCGUGGUGCAGUUGCACAAACAAAAGUCCUUACUAGAAAUUCUGCCUGCCUGACAGAUAAGGGGCCUGGUUUGAUACUUACUUUCAGUAAUGGAACAAUUGGUGCAGUUUCUAACGUCGUUUGUGGGGGCAAUCCUCCAAAAAUGCAUAGUGCAAAUACAAAUGCACAAGGACAAACCUCUGACAAAGUCCAACAGAAUACGUGUUUAUUAAUUAGUGGUUCCAGAGUAGCAGGCAUGGAGACUGCACCAAUAAAGGUUUUGUCUCCCAAAGACCCUCUGUGUAAUAGUCCUGUUUCUGCUGUGUUUGAUCAUCAUUCUUAUGCAAAACUUGCAGCUGAUCUAAAUGAUCAACAUAGAACAGAAAAUGGCUCAUUAAAUGAAAAAUGUCAAGGUGAAAAAUUGAUCCGUGAACCCUGUGAAAACAACAGAUCAUCUGUAUCAAAUAAUUUGGUGUCAAUUCGAUUGGGACAAGACACUGCAUUGGAAGGUGUACGAGAUAAAAAUACAGAAAACAUACCAAGCCAACAAACUGUUUUGCUUCAAUGUAUUAUGCAGAAAAAAACUGUUGCAGCCACCAGUGAAGAUAAUGUGGCAAAUGCUGAUUCAAAGUCUGAAGAAAGUAGGCCUAAUCAGAGGAAGAUUUUGUUGCGAUUUAUUAAAAGUUCCAGUGGGGCGUUGGGCAUGAAGAAUAACCAGUACCUGAAAACUUCAGUAUCACUUCAUAAUAAUGCUGCAGGUAAUGCAGUUAAGCCUUUGCCACAAUCCAGCCAGGCUGUAAUGUUGACAAGAGGGUCUCAAUGUAUCCUACUACCAGUGAAUAAUCCUGUACCCACCCAAACCGCAACGGUCAACAUCCCUCUCCAAGUCUGUAGUACGGCUUCUCUUAAAGUUCCUAUUCCUCCAGUUGUCAGGGGUUCGCCCAUUCGCUCGACUGAGAAAAGAAAUACAAAUAAAACCACUUCACUCAUUCCACAGAGACCUGCAGUCCGAUCAAGCUGCAUCUGGGUUAAUGAGAAAUCUGAUGAACUGUGGGAACCACGGAGGUCAUGUAAGGAGAAGCUUGUAUAUCGAUACAGUAAACGACUAAAGAGAAAAUGGGAAAGUUCGGAAAAAUCAUCCAAAAUAAUAACUAAUAGCUUAAGUGAAUUUGAAGAAGCUGAAGAAGUAUUAAAAAAGUCUCUUGUAGUUAGCAAUGCAACAGCUUCUCGUGGAACUGUACAAACUCAGAGGCUCGUACCUUUUGAUAAUGGUCAGCUUGUUAAAUGUCCUAGGAGAAACCAACCUGUGAUUGUGCUUGAUCAUCCAGAUGCAGAUGUUCCUGAAGUAAUUAAUGUCAUGAAAACAAUUAAGAAGUGUAAAGGGAAUGUUCUCAAGGUAGUUUUAUCAAAAAGAACAAUCAGUGCACUGUUGCAUCCUCGCAGCAGUAAUAAAGCCAUUGCAAAAUGCUUCCUUAUCAACCAAUGCAAAAGGGUAAAACCAGUGAGCCCUGUGAAAGAAAGAUAUGUACUGAAGUUAAAGCUAAAAAAGACCAGCAAGAACAAUUAUCAGAUUGUGAAGACAGUUUCAAAUAAAGCAAUUGAGGCUAGAUUCAGUUGCUGGUUUUGUGGUAGGAUAUUUGAUAACCAGGAUGAAUGGGUGGGUCAUGGUCAACGACAUUUAAUGGAGGCAACAAGAGACUGGAAUACCUUCCUUUGAUAGUAGAUUAAAUGUUAGAAAAGGGCCCAAGGUUGAACAUUUCUUCAAGACUGCAUAAUUUUUUACGUGUUCCUUUCAUAUACUGAUUCACUGUUUAACACAAAUGUUCUUUGAAGGAGCUGUUAAAGUUCUUCUGGAACCUUUUUCAGAGAUGAAUAUUCAAACUAGAAUGUGUUAAAUGCUAUUAUAAAAUAAAUUCACGUUUCAGGCUGCUUAUAUUUGCAGUUUGGAUUUGGAUUUGGAAUUUGGAUUUACAGUUCCCUUUAUAAUGUUUGGGACAAAGACCCAUCAUUUAUUUGCCUCAACCGUACAAUUUGUGAUUAGUAAUAAAAAAAAUCACAUAUUAAAAUCUGCACAUUG